CACUUACAGUGUUCUCACCCUAUGGAGACGGAUGGGCAAGUCAGCUUUUAGGUAUUGACCUAAAGAGAAAUAUCAUGGUUCGCUGGAAAAGGCAUACCAGACCAUUUCUUAGUGGCUCAUACCAGUCUUUUAGAGAAGAACGGACAAUCCCUCGAGAAAUUGACUUAAUUGGAGGUCAUAAGAACACAGUGAUUGUGCUUAAUAUUGGUGUGCAUUUCAGACCUCACCCACUCCAUCUGUACAUUAGAAGAAUCAUUAACAUUCAAAGAGCUCUGAAGCGUCUGUUCCUAAGAAGUCCAGAAACCAAAGUAAUUAUUAAGACUGAACAUUCUGGUGAGAAUGAAAAAGCAUUUGAACUAAACAGUAGCUUUCAUGGCUAUGUGCAAUAUUUAAUCAUGGAACAGAUCUUUAAAGAUCUAAAUGUUGGCUUUGUUAAUGCGUGGGAUAUGACAAACGCAUUCAAUUCAAAUAUAAUUCACCCUCCAAAUACAUAUAUUCAGCAUGAAGUGGAUAUGCUAAUGACUUAUAUUUGCUGA